AUGACCGCCAGAACUCACACUCCGUCGUUCCAGCCUUAUACCCUCACGCCUCUGGACCACCUGCUCCCUCCUCAUCAUGUGUUCGCUUAUAUGUCUUUUCGACCUGAACAGCCGUCUGAAGCAGUUGAUGCGAUAGAUUCCGGCCUAUCAAACUUGGUAUCCCAGUGGCCAUUCUUGGCUGGCAAUGUUGCGAUGGUGCAGAAGGAGAAAAGAAGAAACGUCAGAGAGUUGCAGCCACCGACAACAUCGGACCUCCUUCAAUGUCCCCUGUUACAUGUCAAACACCAUCAACACACCAUUUCAGAUGCUUUAGCCUCGCCAGUCAUCGAUCAUGAAAUGCUAAACGUUCCGAAGACACUCUCGAAUUCCAACCCCAUACCUGCUGUGCGGUUUCAGGCCAAUGUCAUGCAAGAUGGACUCAUUUUAUGCCUCGCCUGGCAUCAUCAAGUAAUGGAUUCGCUAGGCGUCACCAUAAUUUUGCACGCUCUAGCUCGGUCUUGCUCUGAACGGGAUCAAAAGAGUGCCACUCCCAGACGUCUUCCGAUGGACCACGAUAAAGAAGAGCAGGCAAGGAGGAGGAUAAACCAAGCUGCCAACACCAGCAACCCCGACCUCAAGGAUGCAUACUGUGAGACUAGUUAUGAGGAAAUACGUGGACGACAGCCCGACUCAAUCAUCUGUCGUCGUUAUACUAUGCAUACAGACAGAGUCAACUACCUCAAAAACUCGUGCAACAAUCUUGCCCAUGAGCUUGCCAAGGGUCAUUCAACGUCACAGAAAAUCUCACAAAGUGAAAGCCAGUACAAACUUGAAAGCAUCUCAAGUGACGAUCUGGUAACUGCUCUAGCAUGGCUCUCUGUAUCCCGCGCUCGUCGUCGAGUUGCUUCCAAGCAUUCGUCAAGAUUACCGCGCGUAUCCUCUUUGUCCAGAAAUAUAGAGGUUCGCUCAAUACUCCAACCUCCUCUUCCAAGAAGCUACCUGGGGAAUAGCCUCGUGCUAGCGAAAACCCAGUGCGAGUGGAAAGAUAUCCCUACUCCACAGGAAGCCCCUCCCGUAACCCGAAAGCAAAUGGACAAAGAAACAAUCAACGCAUUGCUCAAACUAGCCCUGAUGUCUCGAGCCAAAUGCAAGUCGAUUCAAGACGAGCAAAUUCGCGGUCUCAUAGGCCGUGUGGAAGAGUGCGAUGAUUUCUCGUCAGUUUCUGGUGCCCCUGCCGAGGUUAUAAUGUCCAGUCUUCGAAAAACUGACAUAUAUGCCUCGGACUGGGGUAAGAAACUGGGGCCACUGUUGGACUUUGAUACCAUUGACGGUCGAACCGAUGGGUUGACUCUAAUUCUACCCGAUAGAAAUCCCGCUAGGAGAGGAGAGAGCAAUUGGGAAGUCCGCGUGAACCUACCCGUAGAAGUUAUGGAAGAGUUUGGGAAAGAUGAGCUGUUACUUUGGGUCACGGAGGCAGAAAAGCCAGGAGCGAGGCUGUAG